UUCCACGUUCAAUUGGGGUUGUUGAUUGAUAGGCCGCGGUAGCAAUGAAGCAGUUUGCGAUAAUCGUAACCGUGCUGGUGGGGCUGAUUUCCACUGGAAGUUCCGAAAAUGUUUCCAGCCGUGAGAGCAUCAACGACAUGGUCAUUGGUUUCAUCGAGCAGUUCAAGGAGAUUAUGCCGUGCGGAGUUCCGGAACUUGGAGUGCCAGUGAUGGUUCCGCUGGAGCUGAACCAUACCGAGUUCGAGUUUGAACAGAGUGGACUCCUGUACUUGGAUGCUGAACUGGACGAUCUGUUCAUCGAUGGAUUGAAUGACUUCAAUAUCGUGGAUGUGAAUGUUAAGCUGCUGCAAAUGCAGCUGGACUUUGAAUUCUUCUUCAACGGAAUCAAGACAACCGGCCAUUACAACGCUAGAGGAUCGGCUGUUGGAUUGAUUCCAUUCAAUCGAGGAGGCAAAUUUGGUUUCAACGUCAAUGGACUAACCCUUGGCGGUUCGAUCAAGCUGGCCCUCGAUGGGGACAAAAUCUCGGUCAGCAGCUUCCAGCUGCGGCCAACCGUGCUGUCCGUGAACUCCAAGUUCGAGGGUGUGUUCCUGCUGCCGCUGAACACGUUCAUCUUCAACCGCAUCGUGGAGGCAGCGGUGCCGGCCUUUCUCCGUGACAACCAGCAACUGGUGACGGAGUUUUUGGAAGGGCUCGUCAUGCCACCCAUUAAUGACGCCCUGAGCGAAUACUCGCUGCAAGAUCUGAUGGACAUGAUCGGAGGGGAGGGACCUUCGCUGCCCAGUGGUUGUUGAUUUCCAUAUUUUUUUAAUUGAAUAUAUUGUGAAUAAAUUUAGCGUUUAAGUAAACA